AUGUGGACAGCGCUGAACCUCUCCGCCGCUGAUGACUCCAACCUGACCGGCGCGGACCCUCGGAGGCCGCAGGAGCUGGACCACCGCUCCCUCAAGGUGAGCAUCAUCGUGGCGCUGGGGGUGAUGAUCACGCUGGGGAACGUCGCGGUUCUCCUGGUCAUCACCUCCUCCGUGGCCGGGUGGUCGAGGAACUCCCGGUACCUGCUGCUCUCCCUCACCGCGGCGGACUCCGCGUUCGCCCUGCUGGUCAUGCCCCUGAACCUGUGGGUGAGUCUGCUGAAGGACUACACCGAGGGGCCCGACGUGCUCUGUCACCUCGUGGCCUUCUGCAACGCCACCGUGUACUCCAACUGCAUGUACACCCUGGCCACCAUCAGCCUGGAGCGCUACGUGGCGGUGCUGUACCCGCUGCAGUACUCGACCCUGCUGACCCGGAGGAGGACGCUGCUCCUGAUCGCCUUCGCCUGGGGCUUCCCUCCCUGCCUGCUGUCCCCCAUCACCUUCCCCGACAGCAUCAUCGAGGUGCACUUCUCCGCCGCCUCGCUCGUCUGCAACCCGUCCUACUCCACCAACAUGGGCUACUCCCUCAGUUUGACCUGCUUCAUAUUCUUCCCCUGCUCCCUCGUCAUGACGUACGCCAACCUGAGAGUGUGGUGCGCCGCAAAGAUGCAGCGACUCCGGCUACGCCAAUACGACUGUGCGCGUCGCAGCAGACACAACGUGGCCUCCAGGGUGCUCGUGCCCGUGAUGGCAGCUUACUACGCCUGUUGGACACCGUGCAUGGCGGUUAUGAUCUACAAUGCAGUCACCGGUAGCACUGUACCGGAGUGGGUCGAGUUUGUGGUUGUCUGGCUGCCAACCUCCAAUGGUUUCCUCAACUGCAUCUUCUACUUCUGGAUAAACCGAAGCUUCCGCAGGAAAUUCCACCUCGUCCUCCAGAGGCUGACUCUGGCCCUAUGCCCCAAACUGGCUGACGCUCUGGGAUGCUGCAGCGCUGCUGAGACACAGUUUGUGUCAGGGAUUAUGGAUAAUAACAACUCUGUCCAUGAACGCUCUGCCAGUGUGUCCUCCACCUGCACCCUCUUGUCAUUAGCCUAG